AUGUCCAGCAUGCGGAAGCCGAUCAUGAAGCUUAUGGUGGCCCUUGCUGCUGCGAGCGGCCAUAUGGCAGGUGCAGAGCUACAGUUGCCGUUGCCACAGGACUCAGUGCAGGGCGCCAUCUUUUUCACGAGCGCGCACACCGGUGAUUUGGUGCGUCUCGACUGUACGGCGGAUGGAUGCGCCAAGCCGCUUGCAAUCGCUGCAGGCCUCGAAACGUAUAGUGGGCUUGUGCCAUGGAGCGGGCAUCUUGUGGCCGCUACGAAAAGCCACAAGCUCGUGCAAGUCGACCCAUGGUGUCAGGACAGCUCCUGCCCGUUAAAGACGCUGGUGGAUGUGGAGCAUGCUCUAGGCGAGCUCAUAGGUCCUCACGGGAAUUUCAGCCUGGGUGGCAUCACUUGGUGUCAAAACUCGCUGUUCGUGGUGUUCGGGGCAGCGAUGCACCCAGGGCCCAGUGGCGUCAUGCGAUGCGCCAACUGUUCACCGGGGCAUGAUUGCACAUCUAGCUGCUCGCUCGUCGAUGGAGGAAAAGCCGCCGGCAAAGGAUCUCAGGAGCUUUCGGGUUUCGCAGCAGGCAUCGCUUGCACGGGCGACCGUGUUCUUGUUACCGACAACAGCAACUUCCGAGUGCAAGCUGGCCUGGGCAUUGCAGUGGUGAACGGCGGGAGCCGUGUUCUCGUCACGCUGGACGAAGGCAUCAAGUCCUUGCACUCCGAUGGCUCAUCGCUGUCGAACUUCAGCUACCGGGGUGACACUGGAGGCCUUUGUGAAGGUGAUGGCAAAGUCUUGGCGGUUGAUGGCAGUACUGGCAACAUCUUAUCCUUCGACCCGGUCUGUGAUGCUAACUGUGCAGCCUCACUUAUCUGGAACUCGACCGGGAGCACUGCCAG